AUGAAUUAUAUUAAGGAAUAUUUUUAAACAUCAAACUCUCUUUAGUAUUUAGUCUUUAAAUAAGAAGGUUGGAAAAUUGAAGAGUGUUAAAAAUAAAAGGAAAAAAUAAUGUAAAAGGAGAUUUCAUUUCUAACAUAUAAUGUUUGGUUUGAUAAGCACAAUUUCAAUGAAAGAGUCAUCGAAAUUUUAAAAAUAAUAUAACAAAGCAAUUGUGAUUUUGUUUGUCUUUAAGAAGUAACCAGAAAUUUUUAAAUAAUGAUGUCCAACGACAAAUUUAUCUAAUAAACUUAUUACAUUACUGGAAAUGUUAUUAGAGAUUAUGGUAUUUUGAUACUUAGUAAAAUAAAACCAAUAUUUAUUUCUGAAUUACCAUUCAAUUCUUAAUUUGGAAGAACCUUUUUAUACAUGGAAUGUUAAAUUAAUGAGCAUUCUUUAAUUAUUGGAACUUCACAUCUAGAAUCUAUGGUUUAUAAUGAAAAAGCUAGAUAUGAAUAAUUGUAGUGUGUAUACAAAGAAUUAGAAAAAAAAGAAAAUGUUAUUAUCAUGGGUGAUUUUAAUUUGGAAACAUAAAAAGAUGAAGAAUCAAUUUCAUCUGGAUACAAUGAUUUAUGGAAACAACUCUAUCCUGACAAUCCUGGAUAUACUUUUAUAAUAGAAGAUUUUAAAAGAAGAUUUGAUCGAGUGUUGCUUAAGAAUGGGUACAUAUUUAUAAUAAAUAAUAUUAAAGUGGAUUGUAUUAAGCCAAUAAAAUAGAAAUUAUAGGUACUGAAGUAUUGCCCAUAUAUAAAAUUAGAGAGCCAUAAAAACAGGGAGAGGUUAAAACACCUUCUGAUCAUUAUGCAUUAAGAAU